GGAUUCUUCGUUAAAUCAGAGUGGAGUAACUGUCAGCGGUCCCUUAACUUUCUGAUGAAAUCUCUAACAGCAGCGUAAAGACGGACAGACGGAAGCGACACAACGACUAAAAUUACUCCAUUUAGUGAAAACUGAAUUAGUAUUACAAUCUAAAGGGUGUUCAACAGUAUCACCUCGACAACGACGUCGUCAAAUCUCGCUGAAGAAAGAGGAUAUUAUCAAUCUACCGUCGCGCUCUGUCACGUAACCGCUGAGUCGUUAGCUUCCUGCUUAGCUGCGGUUGGUGAGGGUUUGAAGCUGAAGGAGCUACUACCGCCUUUUUCCAGAGCGUAAAAUCAGUCAAAAUGGCUCUUCUUUCCAUUUCAGGAUUCGACUUCAUCUCGCAACAGGAUUCAAGUAUGUUUGGUCUGUAUUUUCUCUCCAGCUCUGUCCCCGUUUUUACCAAUUCCACUACCAGAAAGAAGUCUAACCACCACUCCCACCAGCGCGCCGGGGUCAUGGAUGAUGUUUCCUGGGCUCAUUCUGGUUUUGAUGGUGGGUAUGAGGGCCAGUCCGAGUAAAGAAGAUGUUUAAUGAAAGGACUUUUUUGACAUGGAAAGCGUAGAUGAAAUCUGUUAGUCUGGGCUGCAGCCUCCCACAGUUUGACAGCUGUCAAAGCAGAGAGAUACAGCUUAACUGAGAGAUUUUUUUUUUUAUCAAAGCUGCUCAGGUUAUUUCAAAUUAUCACUUUUUGGCACUUUUAAGGUGAAGAAAAUGUUCAAAAGUAUGAGCAGCGAGGGACAUCUAUCGAGCGGGCAGAGCUCGUCCUCUCUAGCCGGGCAUGGAGUCACCCCCCCCGGCCUUGAGAGUCAGGAAAGCUCGUGGAUCGGCCUACUCUCCGUAGUAUCUAGGCCUGCGAUGUCAUUUUUGCAGAAAUACCUCCCUACCCGAAUCAAAAACUUUGCUCUACCUGAGAACGGAUCGGGGUGGAUGACAGGGGAGUUAAACUCAAGCUUUGUGGAUGAAGAAAGAGAGUUUUUGAAACAGCUGGGCGACAUGAUGCCGCUCACGCAGCACCCAGCUUCUCACUUGACCUACCUGCAGUGUGAGCACCAUGGAGCCGGAGGGACCCUACCGUGGCUGACCGCCGACUCUUUGCGGGAAAUAGGGAUUCAAAGUGCAGAGGAACUGGACUUAAAUCUUUGCCAGCAGACUCAGUUUGGCUAUGUAUCCUCUGUCAGGACUGUUCUCAGUCUGAGCUCGGUGUCUUCUCAGGAAAUAAAACCCUCGGGCAGGAAAGACUGGGCCAGGUCCCCUGUGUCAAGCAGUGGGGGCAAAAGCAGGACAUGGUGGGGCAGCUUUUGGGGAGGUGAGGACAGCUUACAGAAGGGGCUGUUGUCAGAUUUGUCCAAGGCCAAGGAGAGCACAGUGUCAGGCCGGCUUUGUCCACAACAAGCAGUGGCUGAGAUAAAUGCCCCUGCUGUGUUUGUACAGAGUGACAUAAGAGGAUGGACGCAGGGAGAAAACACUGGACCCACUGACCACAAAGACCAGCAGGCCAACAAUGCAGGCCUUCACACAGUCCAGAACACAGAGACAUCCACACCUGACCAGCAUCUGAGCAUCAGUGACCACCUGAGCAGAACAGGAGCUGCCGCCGCCUGCAGUGAGGUGGCAGUUCUGACCCCUGAUCAAGACAAUGGUUACUCUAGUCUGGAGGAGGAACAGGUCCACAUGUGUCACCUGUCUGCAGUGAACGACUUGGGGAAGGAGCCACAACAUCAGGAGCCUGAAGUCAGCAUCACCACUAAGACUGAAAUGACGGAAGACAUUUCUGAGGAAGGGGAGUCCACAUCAGGAAAAGCUGAUGAGGAGGAGGAGGAGGUAAAGAAGGACGAGGAAAAUGAGGAAGCAGCGACUGAGGAUGCACUCGCCACCCCUCAGUGCCAGAACAAGGCCAUCGCUUUCAUCAUGGGCUGCCCCUGCAGCGACGACGAUAGCAACCAGUCAGAUGGCGAGUCCAGCGUUGAUGAUAAUAAUGAGGAUGACGAUGACGAUGGCUUUGACAGCGAGGGCUCGUCUGGUUUCUCUGACUCCUCUGAUGAAGAGGAUGAUGAUGAUGAUGAUGAUGCAGACUCAGACAGCGAGGCGGACUCUGAGGCAGAGCGGCUUUGGACCUCACUGUGCCAAAGUUCAGACCCAUACAACCCUCGAAACUUCACCGCCAGGCUGCAAACCCACAGCACCCCACCCAGGACCAUCCCCGCCACCACCCCUCCCUCCUCCACCCAGUCCACCCCCGCAUCCUCCCCUGACUUCCCUGCAUCCUGCCUCGCUGCCUCACCCCCCCUCACCUCCUCCUCUCCACCCUCUGGAAAUGACACCUGGGACGACUCGACCUCAGCCAGUGAGGUGGAUGAAGCAGAGAGCCUUCGUCUUUGGAGCUCCUUUAGCUGUUCCUCAGACCCCUACAGCCCCCUAAACUUCCAGGCCACAGUCAGGACUCGAGGGCCCGAGUCUAGGGCCAGGGCCAAGUCCAAAAGGGCUUCCAAAACUUCCCCUCAAUCCCCCCAUCCUCACCCUACAUCUCCACCUGAAUACAGGAAGGAGGAGGCUGAGGAGAGGUUUGACAGCGGCUUCUCGGAACCCUGCACCUCCACCAGCCCCCACAGCUGCAGAACCAGCAAGAAGGUCAGUUUGUGUUUGUCUUACACUCAUUAUUUGUGGACUGUUUAGCUGGUUAUGAAGCCAGGGUAUUUUUCAUUUCUACUUAUUAAUUCUGUGAUCAAAUUUACAUUCAUGGAAAAAGUUUUAAUUGAAUUAUGAAAAAAGGAAAAUAUAGAGUUAGAAAAAUGUUUUAAAGAUUCUGUAGACUUCAAACUUUCACCAUCAUUUCCAGAUACAUUACAUUAUUUACACAUCUGAAAAUGACCUACUGGUUUCUCUGUACAAGAAUUGGUGGAUUUUAAUGUAUUCUGUGGGUUUAUAGGUCAAAAACAUUUAUAUAACGGUGAAUAUUACCCAUCAGACAAGGAAAAGAUGGGUUAAAAUCAUGACUAUAAUAAAAGAGUCAUAACACAAUAGGGAAGUUUUCUUGUGUGGACUGAAUUUUUUGAACAUGUCGAAAUUUCAAACAAUGCAACCAGGACCCAAAGACAGAGGAGAAAGAGUUUGACAUUUAGAGUAAAUUUGAACAGUGAUAGUUUUGUUUUUUUCUAAAUGGUGUUUCAGUUUUUUGUCCUUUUUAAACGUGGAGUUUCCUGGUCUUUGUAUUCAGGGCUUUCCAUGAUGAAACUUUACGACUAGAAGUGAAACACAAAUUCUCAACAUGACUCAGGACAGAGUUUUUCACUGAACCAUAGAGUACGAUGUUUAAUGUUGAUAUACUCGGAGUGAAUCCAGAUUCAGUCUGAACACUCUGAGCUAGUCAUUCUUUGAUUGUUGAUGUGAUUUGAUGUUUGUCCUUAAAUGUUAUGUAGUGUUGAAUGUACACACUUGAAAUAGACUGUAACAGAGUUCAUAGAGUAGCAUUAAAAAACAGGGCAACAGAGGCGACAGUUUAUACAAAGUGAAGAGAUGAGGUUUAACCUGAGCACAGACAUCACUGGUUAAAGGUACAGUGUGUGUAUUUAGCAGCAGGACAAACUUGGUAGAAAUCCAUCAGUAUAUUUAAACUAGUUUAUAAGCUGAAUACCAAAAAAAUAUUUAAAGCGUGGCCCCAUAAAAUACACUAGUGGGUAUUGGUAAAGAUCCUUGGUGGUAAAAACUAGGGGUGGGAGAAAAAAUUGAUUCACACAAGUAUCACAAUUUUUUGUUUUAUAAUUUUUACAUCCAUUUUUUUGUUCAAAAUUUUUUUUUUUUUUUUUUUUUUCCCAAAUGUAAGAAUAAAGGUCCUUACACAUCGGGGCCAACGUGAAUAUAGAACGCAAAAUUACAAAAUAUUCAGAGGCGAAUUUUGAUGCGCCUGACUAUACACAUCAAGCGCGAUGCGAUUUUGCGACUUUCCGGGGGGGGGAGAUGCAUCCCCGGAAAAAUUAGCUCCAAGUUUGAAGAGGCAGAGGACUAGACACUAGACAGUACCAGAUAAGCGCAUAAAACUAUGGUAACAACCGUUAGCUUACGUUAGCACGGAUAAAAGUUAAAAGACGUUUAGCAAACUGUUAAAUCACACAAACCAUCGUCAAAUGAGAAGUCCAACGCUAUGACUCUCCACAGGUUGUCCUUCAGGUCAUUAUCUUUGUCAUGUUUGUGCUUUUUAUCAAAAAGUACUCUGUUUUCUGACCCAUAAACAAUCAGCCGGUCAGCCAUGCUGGAUAUACCGUAGAAUCUGACUUCGCAACAACAUGCAAUCUGAUUGGUCAGAAGUGGACACACAGUAUGUGAAACUUUAGAAAAAUCGACCAUGAUCCGAAAAAAUAAAUGUCGCAAUAUCACAGGACGGGAAAACGUCGCUGAUGUAAACACUUGUAUUGACAGGAUACAAGUUCGAAAAAAAUAUUGACGUCUAAAAUAAUCGCACAACAAAAACGGUCCCGGUGUGAAAGGAUCUGAAAUCUUAAAACUGACUUAAGUGAUGUGUAUUUUUGGGGCAAAUAUGGUUCCUGGAGUAGUCAGUAGACAAUCAUAAUCAUUCAACUGUUUCACUGGUGUUAAAAAUACAGACAGAAAAUUUAGAAAAUCAACAAUAUAGUAGAAUCGCAACUUAAAUCGAAUCGACAUCCAAAAAAUUGUAGAAGAAUCGAAUUGGGAGAAAAGCACAUUAGUAAAAUAGUAAAUAGUAAAACUUAACUAAUAUGGGAUCAUACAAGCUAUGUAUCAAAGCAGCUGUUAGUCUUUAAAGGCCACCAUAGCGCCACGUACAGGAAGGGUGGUCAAGAGAGCGUUUCAAUCUAGAAUCAGGACACUUUAUAUCACUAAAUACUCACACUGAUCCAAACAAUGUUCUGAAAUAACAGUAUUUUCAUGUGUCACCAAAGUAAAUCCCGUUCUGAAUGUUAAGAUGUUCAUGUUUUUGUCACUCUGAAAAGUUUCCUCCUCAGCAGCUUUCACUCAUGACUCCUCUCUUCCUCCUGUCAGGUUCGUUUCUGCGACGACGUGGAGGAGUUCUUUGCGAGCUGUAGUGAGGAGGAGGAGGACCGCCGGGGCCCCUGGGAGGAGCUGGCCCGGGACCGCUGCAGGUUCCUGCGGCGCUGUCAGGAAGUGGAGCAGAGCAUCGCCUACUGCCUGCAGCCGCAGCACCGUAGCCUGGUGUACCAACGGCUCACUGUCCUGUAUGUCCAGAAAAAUUAAGCGAUACGUGGAAGUGGAAAAUAAUUAGUGCACCCUGUUUUUGUCUGAGGACGAUUUAGCUGUCCUCUUCUCUCAGUUGAACACGUCACAGUGACGAAAUCAAAAAGCUGCACUUGUUUGAGACACUUAAAAAACACAGAGAGAGCAGACGGACAGACUGUGAUCUGCUGAACUAUUUACUGACUGACUUAUUCAUCUCUCUGAUGGGGUUCAACCUCAGAUUAGAGUCCAUGUUUAUUUCUACAGCUUCGUCUCUUCUUUCUGACGUAGUCGACUAAUCCAACAGAAUCAGGGCCGCUUCAUAACAGACUAAUUUUCACACAAACGGGGGAUUUGAAGGGCUGAAUCACUGUGAGAGGAGUGUUUUUGUGGAGAUGUCAGUGUGUUUUUAUUUCCAGGGAAAAGGAGAAGAUGUCUAAAACCCUCUGCAGCUUCUUAUCAGUUUCAGUGUUUUUAGACCUUACCUCUGUUUUUCCCCUCACGUGUCCACCUGCUUCACGUUUUCAGUUUUUGUGCCAAAGGUGACGCCCCAGACUUCGAAACAAGCUGCUGUUUUCAUCUUAAAUACUAACAAGAAAGUGAAGAGAAAUCUGAGGCGUCAGUAUAUAAAUUAGACAAUUAAAAAAAAAAAAGACACAUUUUGUCUAAAGAGAUACCUACAUUUGUGUUUUAAAAUACAGGGUACAUCAUUUUCUUUCCUUUGUGUAUUACUGAUGUUUCAGCUCUGUUCUCUUUGAAUUUAGGAUGAAAACAGCAGCUUCUUCUGUCUGACGCUUUUUUAAAACUCAUUCGUUUCCCUCUUGUUAAAAAAAAAUCAAACAAGUAAAGAAAAUAAGCUAAAAUCUGUUGAAUAGUAAUGAACUCAGUUCAGUGUUUGUACAUGUUGCACAUCAGAUAAAAAGUUUUCAGUUUUAUCCUUGAAGCCAAAGAUUGCUCUAAGUUGAGCUGAAGAGGAAGAAGUGACGUGUUAACAUCUGGAUCUGAAUUUAUCUUCUAAAUGUGGAGAACUUUCCCUCACCUGCUUGUUCAGAGCUUAAACAUAAUCACUGAUAAUCAGUAGCCAGCAGUAUUCAGCGUCUAAACCAGAGUAUCAGUCACUGAGAACUUGUGUUGAAGUCUGUAUUAGUUCAGUUGUUUUCUGACAGAAAACACAUUUGCUCCACCUGAAGACUUUCUUAAUCGCUAGGUUUUCUUAGAACUCACGAGGGUCCCAGUUUUGUCAAAAGUUUGAUUCUUUAUGCAAAACAGCUGCACAGGAACUUCAAAUAUUCUGAAAGCGUAAACUUAUCUUCUACAAAAGGAGCAAACACUACAGGUAUUGGACUUCUUUCACCUUCAGCCGUUCUGUGCUGCCUCCUGUUUGCUGGAGAGGGACAUGGCUGCAGACAGAGCAAACCUCUGUAAACACACGUGCAGCUGGAUGUUGGACCUUACUUGGAUGUCAGCUGUUGAAGGGAAUGAAGUGAUCUCACUAGUGAAGGUUGCUCUUUGUCGUGUCCUUUUUUCAAACUUAAUAAAAAAACUUUUUUUGUUGUUAAAUAUUAAAACUGUCAGUAGAUCUUGUACCAACAGGAAUCCAAAUGCGUUUGCAGAACUACAGCAUUGAUUCCAAACUGAAAGUAAAAACAAGGAAAUCUCAAAGUUAGCCAACUUUUUUAUUGCAACAGUUUGUGAGAAAGACACGACGAUGACCAAAUUUCAGGCUUGUGAGAUCACUUCACUGUCCAAUAACAGCCGAGAGCUAAGAGGAGGUCCAACUUCCAACUGUGCGUGCUCUAAUGGAGCUCAGCUGUGUCUGCAGACAGGUCCCCUUCCUUCUUUUACUAACGGAAACUUAUAUGAGAAACCUAAAUACAUAAAAGAGGCUCAACACUUACAACAAAGAAAUGUUAUUAACUGUCACUAAUUAAUCCUAAAUCACAGUUUUUGUCUGAUCAAAAAACAGAAAAACCUGUUUUCAUUUCUUAGUGAGUGGACAUCUGACGGAAAAUUUCACUUUUACUCACAGGGAAAAAAAAAAGCAAACCUUGUCAGAAUCUACAUAUAAGCUUCCUCAACAAUUACAAAGAGACUAUUAAUAGUGAAGACUUGUGCAUUUCCAAUCUGGAGGUAAACUAGAGAAAUUAAUUUUUGAACUGAAUAAAGGCCCAAAGUCAAACAAGUUUCUUAAACCUAAACUUUCCUUGAAGUAUUAAAUGUCAGAGUUCAUAUAAAACCAAUAAUUGUGUCUAAUGAAAGGCUUGUUCUCUCAUAAAACGAUGAAAAACAUGCAUUUAAAAGUGGCGAUUCAAGAAUGAAUCUGAGUUGUAUUUUUACAUAUUUUGGGGUCUAGAUGUCUUGCAGGUACUGAAAAGUUGAGAACUGAUGAUAAAAGAUUUGUGAAGGUGUGUAGAGGUGGAUCAGCAACUCCUGUAGUAGUGUGAGUUUCCUGAUUUGUGAAUGGAGUUUGCUGCUACACAACUCAUCCAUCUUUUACAUCUUUGUCUUGUCUCAAGCGGGGCUGAGCAGAUUUUUGUUACACAAAUUUUGCUUUAGAUACAAAAUAACUCGAGGUGAAUCUUUAGAUCAGCAACUCCAGUUUCCUAUCAGUUUAGAUUGAUGUGUUUGUAAAGAGUGAUAAAACAGCUGUUUGUGGUGUUGUCAGAUACUAAGAAUAACAAUCUGAGCCUCACCGGGACAGAAUAAAGAACUUUUGAGUGAGGGCAUCUCCACCAAUCAGAGACCUUGUUUCAUUAUGUUGCUGACCGUCCAGCCUGUUAACCUGCUGCAGGCUGAAAGAAUCUACUCCAGCUAUUCUCAAAUGUUUGGUUCAUGACUAUCUGACCCCAAAAUGUCUAAAAAUACGAUCAGGUUUUAAAGCAAACCAUAUUACCAAUUAAUAAACAAAACAUCUGAGUCUGUAGUGAGAUAACUUUAAAAGUUCAGAAGCAGAGGAAGUUUUUUGUACAGGUGUUUUUCGUCCUGUAGAUUUUAGUGACAGAGUUCAAAACAAGUCACAGUGUUUGCAUGUCACUCCUACUGCUCUGAUAGAAAUUCUCCAUGUAGCUAAAGGAACUGGCUGUUUUGGUGUUUGAUUACGGCAGUGUUUAAAGUAUUGUUUCUGUCUGAUUAAUUAUUAAGAAAUGAAAGCCAAUGCUGUAUUUAAAGGAAAAAACUUACCAAUCAAAAGAUUUGCAAAAAGCAGAUGUCAGCUGGAGUAAAAACAGAUAAAUCUUUGGUCAUAUUUUAAUCAUACUUGCUUUUUAUUUUUCUAAAGCAUCUUCUGUUCGGUGGCUGGCUCGUUCUGCUUCAUUUCCUCACAAAAAAGUUUGGCAAUUAAAUAUUAAAUCAAUAUUUAAUAAUCCCA